AUGGUUGAUAGGAAAAGGGCCGCUGCGGUGGUCAAAUCUGAAGAUGAGGACAAUGAUGAUGUUCCUUUGAACAAGAAGGUCAAGAUGGAGGCUAAACAGGAAAGUUCCAGCGAGGACGAAGAAGACGACGACGACGAAGACGAAGACGAGAGAAAGGAACCUGAUUCCGAUGACGAUAAGAAAGAUGUAAAAGAUGAGGGAGAUGAAGAUGAAGAUGAGAAUGACGAUGGAGAAGACGACGACGAAGCUGAGGAAGAAAGAAAGAGAAUUACUACUUUCAACUUUGACGGGGAAUCGUACUCGUUCAAAGAAAGACCUUCCGUGAUAGAAGAGAAGGAAGGCAAGAUAGAGUUUCGUGUAGUCAACAACGACAACACACGUGAAAACCUAAUUGUACUCACGGGGUUGAAAAACAUUUUCCAGAAACAAUUGCCCAAGAUGCCGAGAGAGUAUAUCUCAAGAUUGGUGUAUGACAGAUCCCAUUUAUCGAUGGCUGUAGUCCGUAAGCCGUUGACUGUUGUAGGUGGUAUAACGUACCGUCCGUUUAACAACCGUGAGUUCGCCGAAAUUGUGUUCUGUGCCAUUUCGCUGACGGAACAAGUUCGGGGUUAUGGUGCACACUUGAUGAACCACUUGAAGGAUUACGUUAGAGCCACAUCGCCCAUCAAGUACUUUCUUACUUAUGCCGAUAACUAUGCUAUAGGUUAUUUCAAGAAGCAGGGAUUCACCAAAGAAAUCACCUUGGACAAGUCUGUGUGGAUGGGGUACAUCAAAGAUUAUGAGGGAGGAACACUUAUGCAGUGUUCGAUGCUACCUUCCAUUCUCCGAUAUUUGGAUCUGGGCAAGAUCCUCUUGCUCCAGAAAGCUGCAAUCGAAAAGAAAAUCAAAAUGAGAUCAAAGUCUCACGUGGUCAGACCCGGACUUCAAGUCUUCAAAACGAACAAGAACAUAACAGUAGACCCCAAGGAUAUUCCAGGACUCUUGGAGAGUGGCUGGCUGGAGGAAAUGGACAAGUUGGCGCAGAAGCCAAAAAGAGGUCCUCACUACAAUUUUAUGGUGACGUUGUUCUCAGAAAUGACCAACCAUCCACUGGCUUGGCCAUUUGCUGUUCCGGUUAAUAAGGAAGAAGUUCAAGACUACUACGAAGUCAUAAAGGAACCGAUGGACUUGUCUACUAUGGAACUGAAAUUAGAAAACGACAAGUACGAUUCGUUUGACCAGUUUUUGUACGAUUGUCGUCUUAUCUUCAAAAACUGUAGAUCUUACAAUGGCGAGUCCACCACGUACUUUAAGAACGCCAACAAAUUGGAGAAGUUCCUUAACAAUAAGAUCAAGGAUAGUGCUGAGUAUGCCCAUUUCUUGGAUUGA